UCAUUUCUUGUGCAAAACCAACUAUUAGAGAAAAAAAUUACAAGACAACUAUGGCUCCCCACAUGCUUUUCCUCUCUUUCCUAGUAACCGUAGUUGUAGCCAUGCAUGGAAUCCAUGCAGUUGAAUAUGUUGUCACCAACAAUGCUGGGAACACUCCUGGUGGAGUUCGAUUCAACAAUGAAAUUGGGUCUAAAUACAGUAAGCAAACUUUGAUUUCUGCCACAGAUUUCAUAUGGAGGCUGUUCCAGCAAAACAGUGACGCGGACAGAAAGAACGUGGCAAAAGUGAGCUUGUUUAUCGAUGACAUGGAUGGAGUUGCUUAUGCUAGCAACAACCAGAUCCAUGUUAGUGCAAGGUACAUCAAUGGCUAUUCUGGCAAUGUGAAAACGGAAAUCACUGGUGUGUUAUACCAUGAAAGUACACACAUAUGGCAGUGGAAUGGUAAUGGACAAAGUACUCCAGGAGGAUUGAUUGAAGGAAUUGCUGAUUAUGUGAGGUUGAAGGCAGGAUAUGCGCCUAGCCACUGGGUGAAGCCUGGGCAAGGUGAUAGAUGGGAUCAAGGCUAUGACGUUACGGCUCUAUUUUUGGACUAUUGCAAUAGUCUUAGAAAUGGGUUCGUGGCUGAAUUGAAUAAGAAAUUGAGGAAUGGUUAUAGUGCUAAUUUUUUUGUUGAACUACUGGGGAAGAAUGUAGAUCAGCUUUGGAAAGACUACAAAGCCAAGUAUGCAAAAUAAGGGUGCUGAUUAAGAGCUAAUUUAUAUGUAUGAAUAAAAUGUACGUUGUACCGUUCAAUUACGUACUUCAUGAGAUAAAUAAAUGUGCUUGGAUUAUUACUUA